CGCGGAAUAUGUAAGCAACGAAAUAGAUUUCAGGUGCCACAAUAAUGUAAUGAACGCCUACCAGUCCAAACCAAUCAUGUUAUACGGCUUAGUUCAUAUGAACGUUUUGAUACCCAUAUCGUCAUGACGCGCCACACAAUAUUCAACCUCCUUUUUUUUACCGGAGCACCCCUCUCAUAUUCGUACUCUAGGCCCAAAAGAAUUGCCAAUACCGAUGACUUUACCAAACCUUCAACUGGUUUUCAACGAGUGUGAAAUACCAUGCAGUUCCAUUCAAAAACUAUACGAAAAGGCUCAGUCGGCUUUCAAGAUCAGCAAUCUCCGAGAUGCCGAGCAAGAUUUAACUGAUGCCAUGGAAGCCAUCACUCACGCCAUGUCCAUGAUUUUAUCUAAUCGCGCCAUCGUUCGUGGCAUUCAAGGAAACAUUGACAACGGUCUAAUGGACGCAUACCAGAUCAUUGAUAUGAAUCCUAUGUUUCCAGAAGGGUACCUGUGCGCCGGAGCAUUGCUCAGUUCCGAAGGGCGCUUGACUGACGCUUUACGCAUAUACAAAACCGGUGUACGUAAGCUCAGCAUUGACAAAUCAGCAACAAAAAAUAAUCAAGUCGAAGCACUGCAUCAACGAUUAGCCGACCUACAAGUUGAGAUUGAUAGAAACAACGCUGGAAUAUUCAAAAAGUUGCCUCAGGAAGUAAUUGCCAAAAUUCUCAAGUGGCUAUCUUACCGGGACAAAUUACAAUGCACAGCGGCUUGUCAAACAUGGCGGAGCCAUUUAUACAACAACCUGACGGCAGCCAUGUGGCACGAGCUUGAUUUUGUCGGCGGUAUAACGACAGAAAAUUUGGAGCUUCAACUUGCGCGUAUCGACCCGACUUACGUUCGUGAGGUCUCAAUAAGUCAGAGCUGUAACGCGCUCGUAUCGCGUCACGUGCUUCAGUUCUUGGCACGAUGCUCCCGUAUUGAAAGACUUGGUAAAUUGCUACUGUUUAGUUGUUCUAGUACUGGACGUGUUCAAUAAAUCAGUUAGUGAUACUAAUGCUAUGAAUGCACGUGAUCGAUGUAUGUGACUAGAGUUCCUUGUAGACAUUGAUGA